AUGGCGGGCAAGAAGGACUUCACGGUGCGCGAGGAGCUGCAGCAGCAGGACGUGGAGCGCUGGCUGGGCUUCAUCACCUUCCUGUGCGAGGUCUUCGGCACCAUGCGCAGCAGCACGGGCGAGCCCUUCCGCGUGCUCGUGUGCCCCAUCUACACCUGCCUCAGGGAGCUCUUGCAAUCUCAGGAUGUGAAGGAAGACGCUGUCCUUUGCUGCUCCAUGGAGCUGCAGAGCACAGGCCGGCUGCUGGAGGAGCAGCUGCCCGAGAUGAUGACAGAGCUCCUGGCCAGCGCCCGGGACAAGAUGCUGUGCCCCUCGGAGUCCAUGCUGACCCGGUCGCUGCUCCUGGAGGUCAUCGAGCUCCACGCCAACAGCUGGAACCCUCUGACGCCCCCCAUCACGCAGUACUACAACAGAACCAUCCAGAAACUGACAGCCUGACAGCCAGGGGGCCUGGCGGGCGGCCCGCGGGCAGCUGGGGCCCUGGUGCGCAGGGCCAGAUGGACAGGCGGGAGGACAGGGGUGGCCCUGGCUGGAGGAAGAAGCGGGGAGGAAGGCAGGCAGCGUCAGUGGCCAGUCUGGAGCCAGACGGGGAAGGGAUGGAAUCCCUGAGAGGAGCCCCCGCACGAGCCCCCAGCCCGAGCAUGCGGCAGCUCACGCCAAUAAGGGAAGCAUGUUUCUUUUCCUGGUGGCCCUGGCCCUCCCUCCUCACUCCCGCCUCCCCCCAGACCCGUCCCCGCAGAGCUUUGUGCGAGGGAUUUCAUGUCUGACUCCGCUCGGCCGGGUACCGCUUGGGUCAGAAAGGACCUCAGAAGGCUGAAAAACUGGGUCGGAGACGGGGCUCGCAUUGUUCCCUCAUGCUGUCAGCCGUAGUCGCCAACUGGCAGCAGGCGACGUGUAGCAGAUGUCCGGGAGGACAAAGGCAGGCACGGUCCCCACCAGCCGCCCCCCGCAAUCCGCGGCCUUUGUCAGCUGAGGCUGAGCUUUUCUCUAACCUUCACGCUGCCCCCUCCCGCCUCCUCCCCGCAGCCCCCAGCCCCGGGCCCAGGGGGUCGGGGGCAGCGGGGGAGAUGGAGUUUGCAGUUCUACUCGCGCACUCUUUUGUUUACUGUGUUUUAUUUUUUCAAAAGUCGGUUGCUUUGAAGUCUCCUCUCUCGGUGAAAAUGCCCGCGAUGUGAUCACACAGUCAGCACCGCGAGGACCCCCGGAUUAGUGGGAGAUCAAACCCGGCCCCCUCUGGAAGGAUUCUAGCCACAGACAGCUUGCCAGUAGCCAAUUAGGGUAAUUGGAAACUUCUGCCCCGGCAGGGGUCCCUCCCGGCUGGAAUCCUGUGUUCCUGGCCACUGGGACCACAGUGAGCCCAGUCCUGGCCCCUCGGGCCUCGUGGGGAACAGGGCACAAAAGCUGGUGAAUUAAAACCACAGCGCUAGGUGGUGUUUCCCGCUCCACUCUCGGGUCUCACUGGGGAGAAGGGUGAGGUGGGAGCCGCCCGGCUGUCCGGGACCUCCAGGUUUAGCUAAUGCUGUGUCCCUGUCCUAGCCUCAGUGACAGGGUGCAGAAGCCCAGCCCGCCCACGGCGGUUGGGGAAGGGGCGAAUCCACCCAGUCAUGACAGGGACAGUCAGUGGCCUGGUGGGGCUGCCAGAUGGAGCUUUCCAGGCUGGGGUUGCUUGAGAGGCCCCGUCCUGGGGAGCAGCCCCUUUUGUGAGGGCUCAAGAGCAGGACGCGGGGCAGCUCUGUGAGGCUGGCUUCCGAUCGUAACAGGUGUCUGCGCAGCUCCAUCUCCGGGGUCUGGGGCACACACUUUGAUGAACCCCCCAAAAUGUCAGAGGCCAGCCACCUCCUUCUUUGCUCCUUUGUUGAGGCUGGUCGUGCCCUGGGUCACGAUGGGGCCCCUCCUGGUGUGCUCAGACCAGCUGGCUGGGAGGGGAGGGGCGGGGAGGGUCUCCCCUUGCUGAUUCUGAGAGAGCAGGCGGGUGGGGUGCCGCUUCCCCACUUCUCCCAGGUCUGGCCCCAGUGUUGGAGCCUGGGCCAGCCCCCCGAGAGAGCCUGUGGGGGACGGGGUGAUGGGGAGCAGGUUUACCUGAAACAGGUCUGUGGCCUCUGCCACAGAGCCCGAGCUGCCCCUGGCCCCCGCUCUGCCCACCUCUCCCCCACGUCUUUCUUCACUCGCUUCCUCAAGCUUCUGCCUCCUGCCUCUGCUCCUCGGGCUCCAUGCAGGCCCAGCCCGGGGCCCAGGGACCCCAGACGCCCAGCGAGAGGCCUUGAGGGGAGAGGGGCUGGCGCGAGGGUGCUCACAGAGGGCACCAGGGGUCACGCUCUCGCGGUCAGGCAGCCCAGCCGGGCACGCCGCCCUCUGCGAGCCCUGCUCCCCCCCAGAGGGUGUGCGGGGUGUGCCUGCAUCUGCCGAGAGGCCUGCGAGCGGCCCCUCGCCCUGCCGCGGCCCGGAGAACGAGCCUCUUGCAGGGAGCUCCCAAACACUGUGCGGGGGGCUGGCGCCUCGCAGAAGCGGCGACAGGGCCGUGGACGCCCCGAGGCCUGACGCCCCUUCCUCCUCGCGCCCUCCUUGGUGGCCUUGCCCCAGGGCCGCCCUCCCUGGCUGUUAGGAGUGUGGAGAAGUGAGAUAUAAAUAUGUACACAUAUAUAAAUAUAUUUUUAACUACGUGUCGUGUCACGGUGGCUCCAGGCGUACGGUUCGCCUAGUUUGUUCCAUUGCUUGAAAGCGCUUCCUGGCCAACCCGAACAACACUUCGAGCCGUUUUUCUAAAUACGCAGGUCGCUGCUCGUUUCUCAGACGUGGAAGGAAAACGUUGGAAAAAAAAAAAAAAAAAAAACAUUUUUUCUUUCUUGUCCAGAAACAACAGCAAAGCCUAAAAUUUGAGGCUCCGAGGCAGCUCCCCAGGGGAGACCACUCAGACAGGACCUGGGGGCAGAAGCGGGUGCCCCGCACACCCGCCCCCGCCCUGUGAAGAGUGAGGGCGGCCGUGCCCACGCCGACCUCCCAGUGUGUUCGCUGGGAGGCAGAGCUGGACGUUGCGUUUCUGAGGCUCUGGUGUCCUCCCCACUUGCCCACAGUGCUUGGCGCGUGGAGGAGGUCUGCCCGGCCAUCUGAUGUCGAUCCUGUCCCGGUCGCUCCCCCCUGCCUGUCAGGAUGAGUUAGUCAUUGUUUUCCUCUGCGGCGGCCGGCUUGCCACAGCGCUGCUCCCCACGGCCCGGUGGCUUUGCCUGCGCUCUGGGCCGCAGCCCCCGGGGAGGCUCCCAGCUUGCCCUGGACGAGGCCGGGAGCCCCACGUCCCCCGGUGGGGAGUGUGCCCCCUCACCCCCACUUCCGUCUGCUUGUCCUUCCUCGAUCAGUCUGUAAACCUUCACGGUUUGGGGUUCGUCCUGUCCGUCAUGUAAAUGUAAAUGUUGGCCGAGUCGCUAUUUAUUCUAAUUUUUAUUUUAUUUUAUUUUACUUUCUCCGAGGGAUGCGGUGGGGGGGUGUGGGAACUGUACCGCGGAGCGGGCCUGGCAGCUGGAGGGGCGGGGGCCGCCACCGGAGCAGCCCCCUCCCCCCCCCCAUGGGGCCGCCCCAGACGCCAGCAGCCAAGUCCCGGUCUGUUAUCCGGCAUCAGACACCGGCCAGCGCUCCUGGUCCCACGGCCUCCCGGGGCCACCCGGGGAGUCGAGUCCCCCGCUGCCGCCGAGCUCUCUGUUGGGAAACCUCUGGCAGGGCCUCUGAGGACGAGGGUCAGAGAGAAGACGGCUUUCCCGUGCCCGGGACACUUGCGCGGAAGGGCUGGCCGCCGCCCCUGCGCCCGCUGGGAGCUGGACAGCAGGACCCGCCUCCCUGCAGCAGGGCCGGGGCCUCCCGCCAGAACUGCAGCGGACUCCUGCUCGCGCGCCCGCCUUCCCUCCGUCGUCCGUGUGUCCUGCUUUCCAGCUGAGCCCAAACUGCAAUCGGGUUUAACAAAAUAAACACCACCAAAAAACCAAAAAAGGC